AUGAAUGAUUACUCGAAAGCACUUGAAUUUUACAAAAAAGCACAUAAAAUAGCAGAAAAAGCUCUGCCUUCAAAUCAUCCUGAUUUGGCUACUUCCUACAGCAACAUCGGUGGAGUGUAUAUUGAUAUGGGUGACUACUCGAAGGCAUUUGAAUUUUACGAAAAAGCACUUAAAAUAAAAGAAAAAACUCUGCCUCCGAAUCAUCCUGAUUUGGCUACUUCCUACAGCAACAUUGGUGGAGUGUAUAACGACAUGGGUGACUACUCGAAAGCACUUGAAUUUUACGAAAAAGCACUUAAAAUAACAGAAAAAGCUCUGCCUUCGAAUCAUCCUAAUUUUGCUACGUCCUACAACAACAUCGGUGUAGUAUAUAAAAAAAUGGGUAACUACUCGAAAGCACUUGAAUUUUAUGAUAAAGCACUUAAAAUAAGCGAAAUAGCUCUACCUCCGAAUCAUCCCUCAUUGGCUUUUUCCUACAACAACAUCGGCACGGCGUAUUGCAGCAAGGGUGAUUACUCGAAAGCACUUUCAUUUCUAGAAAAGGCGCUUUCUAUCCGACAAAAAUCACUUCCACCAACACAUCCUGAUAUUAAACGUGCGAUGGAUAAUAUUAACUAUGUAAAAAAGAAGAUAUAA